GGCUUUUUUUUUUCUUUCUGGUAUCCUUCAUUACUUCCUUACUAACCUAACUUACCUGAUUCUGGUGACUACGGCCGAAUGAAAUUAUAUGAGCAAAACUGGCUGUCCCUGGGUCAAUUGAUUAUCACUUACCUUAACCCAUUCUCUUCUCUCCAUUACUACCGCCAUUAUUAUUUCCCACUCACCUCGACACCCGCGCUGUGCCCGCCAAACAUCAUCCACUGGAACCAUCGUUAUUAUUGCGACGAACUCUUCGUACAGCGACUCUCUCGCAGCUCUUCCCAUUGUCCCCAAUUUUUUUUAAGACUAUUACUCCUCUUACUCCUCUUCCUCCUCCACUGCUACCAACCAACACAGAGCUCUCUUCUUGCUCCCUCUCCCCUUCCCUUUUCCCUUUUCUCUCUUUCCUCUCUCUCUCUCUUCUUUCUCUCCUCUUCCCCCCCUCUUACCUUUCACUCCUACAUCCAUUCUACCUCAUUUCCUCCCACUUCGUUUUCGGUAUACGGAGUUGCGACGGUGACAAACUUCCGUUCCUCGACGGCUUCAACCACACUACCACCGCCAACCCGCUUCGACCAUCCAAUUCUACCCUCCACCCACUUCUACCGACCACAUUUAACUCCCACUCCUCUCCCCCCCCGGUCCAAGAUUUUAGUCCACCCGUUUUCGGACUACCCAACAAACUUUCUCCCACUCGAAGUUCGAACCUGCGAAUAAAUCUAAUUCCCUAAUCCAAAUAGACCCUUCGCCCGAAAAAGGAACACUGGCAUAGCGAUUCUUCUCAGAAUUGGCUGCUGUUGUUCUUUUCUAUCACCGCAUUCUGUAUCGGCUAUCCUUCUAAGUUUACUUAACCGAUACGUCUGUCCUUUCGGUCACUCCCUUUUUUGACCCUCACGAUUGCCGGAGGCUCUCCUCUUUUUUGAAAUUGCUUUGCGAUUAUCCUUGUUACAAAUAAUCCAGACGACUUCAGU